AUGGCUGCGUUAAGUGCCGACAUGUACACCAUUAUUAACCAAAAAUCAGGUACUUGUCUUGCCGUAUCUGGUGUCGACGGGACAACUGUCAUAGGCGAGGCGCGUAACGAUGAACCUAAUCAGAAGUGGAAAGUCGAACUCGUUGGAGAUGGGCUCUUCGACAUGAGGAAUGUGCUGAACGGAUAUUUUCUAUCUUUCGUACGGGGGGUUGCUGGAAUCACGGAUGGUCUUCCUGUUACGGGAAGUAUCGGGAGGGUACCCUUUCGUAUAGAACUUGACUCUGGCAGCUCUGGAGGUUACAGCAUUAUCGUUCCCGAUACUAGCCAAUGUAUAGACUUAUCGGAUCAUGGUAACCCUGCUUCAGGAACACCGGUUACGCUUUGGGAGAAAUGGGGAGGUACAAACCAAAUCUGGCGCUUCGAGAAAGUUUGA